AUGGCAUCAUCGCAGGAGAAUUCCAUGCCGUUCAUCAGGAACAUGGCCUCCAGUGACCGCAAGGCACGCGAGCAGGCCUUGGCCUCCCUAUGCACAUUCCUCUCCGCAAAACACAUCUCGUCCUCGCUCUCCACCCUCGACAUUCUCAAGCUCUGGAAGGGCCUUUUCUACGCCCUCUGGAUGUGCGACCGCCCGCUGCCCCAGCAGCAGCUCUGCAGGGACCUGGCCGAGCUCGUCUGGAUCCUACCUGAGGAGGCCGUCGCUCCCUGGCUGCGGGGUUUCUGGGCCACCAUGGCCCGCGAGUGGACCACGGGCAUUGACGUGCUCCGCAUGGAGAAGUUUCUGUUACUGGUGAGAAGGGUACUGGGUGUAAGCCUUGUGUGGGCGCAGAGCCGGGCGUCCGAGGCGGCCAAGACAAAGAAGACGACGACGAACAAGAAACAGGCCGGUGGCAGCAGCGCUAGCAGGAAGAGGAGGGCCGAUGGCAAGGCGGUGGCCGCCGACGAAGCCAAGACCAACGACGAGGUCAGGUGGGAUACAGAUAAGGUCGAGCAGGUGUUGCGUCUGCUUGCGGACUGGCCCCUGCGGCCCGACGAGGAGAGCAGGCGCGAGCCGGAGGAGGAUGGCCUCAUGCCCAAGAUGGUCCCCGUCGGCCUCAAGCUGCACGCCGUCGACAUCUGGGUGGACGAGGCCGAGAAGGCAGGCAUGCUUGAGGGAAGCGAGGACGAGAGUGACGCCGGCGGAGACGAGACGAAGAAUAAGCGGGAAAUGAAGAAGAAGAAGACGGAGGCUAGCAACGAUACUUUGUCUGGCCGCGAGGUUCUGCAGCGCAUCAACGAUCUGGUCGAAACCCUGCGCAAAGAGACGCUCAGCACUGCGGUGCGGAUACGAUCCAAAGACUCGCUGGCCGACGACCGUCUACCCUGGAACCGGAGCAGUGGAGAUGAGGCGGACGGCAAGGACGAUGACGAUGAGGGGUGGGGUGGCCUGGGUGAAUGA